GUCCAGGGAGAAGUUGGACCGAGUUGUGCUGCAAUUUCUUCGCUAAAUUAACGACCGCCAGGUUAAAGACAAGGCUGAGCUCCGAACCCGGAACCUGAAGCUCUGCUCAAAGGACAGCUUCAGCGGUCAAACACAGCUCGCUGGUCCGGGAGCAGCAGGCCGACGGAGGCAGCAGGCCGACGGCUGGUCCAGGAGCAGCAGGCUCAGGCCCGGAGCCGCGGCCAGGAUGGACUCCUGGGUCCGCUUCAACGCCCAGAGCCAAGCCAAGGAGAAGGUCAUCAGGGCGGCUCAGUAUGCCUGCACGCUGCUGGGCUACACUCUGCACAAGGGCGGGGCAGCAGCUGACCUGCAGAAGACCGUCCGUCAGCUGGAGGCACACAUGAGCCUGACAAGAAAACUGCUGCGUCUGGGGAAUUCUGUGGAGGCGCUGGAGGCUGCCAAGAGGAGCAUCCACCUGUCUGACAGCGUGCUGAGGCUCUGCCUGACCAUCAGCCACCUCAACAGGGCCAUGUACUUCGCCUGCGACAACGUGUUGUGGGCAGGAAAAACGGGCCUCAUCUCCAAACUGGACCAGCACAAAUGGAGUCAGAGAUCUUUCAGGUACUACCUCUUUGCUCUGAUCCUCAACCUGACUCGAGAUGUGUAUGAGCUCUGCCUCCUCAUGGAGAGUGAAGCCCGUUACAGAACUGCCAAGUCCUCGUCCUCACUCUGCCCCGGCAGCACUCCACCUGCUGACCUGCUGUCUUCCCCUCCUGCCAGUCCAGCCAUGGUGGCGCUGCCUUUCAUGGGGGCUUGGCUCCGCAGACAGCUCCAUCUGGUGGUGACAGUGCUGUACAGCAACCCACCGCUGCUGUUGGAUCUGGUCAAGAACAGCUGCGAUAUCUUUAUCCCACUGGAUCGGCUUGGGAUCUACUCUACCGGGCCAGGCUUUGUGGGGGCCUGCGGCUUGGCCUCCUCUGUCCUCUCUGUCCUCGCCAUGGUCCACCCCUGGCUCAAACUCAAGCCGUGAACCAGGACAAGCAGUGGAGGCAUAACACACUCAUGGUUCUGUGAUGACAGGAGCUGCUGUACUGUCAUCAUGCUUUGCACUAAUGUCUGAGCAUCCAGAUUCUUAAAGUCUUCUCAAGGUGACCCGCUGUGAGGACUGCUGAAGCCCUGACGGUUUAUUUCCACAUCAGCUCAUGACUGACUGCAUGUGUGAGCUGAUUCAGACCGACCGGUCCACGCUGAUGCUUCAGAGCCCAUUCUUCUCCCUCCGCUGCUCUCAUUGUCUCUCGCUCACAUACAGAUAAUUCAGUUCAGUUUAAUCAGUAGGUGUCAUUAGGUGUCAAUAGGUGUCAUUUCAUAAAAUAUUUCUUCUGAAGGCAUUGGUGAAGACCAAAGUUAUGCAGUGAAACCCAACAUAUCCAAAGGCUUCUGUGGAUUCCCUUUGAGCAAGCUCUGGGCGAUGGUGGGAAGAAAAAACGGCCUCAUUUAUGCCGUUCUACACAUCGCAGACCUGCUUCCAUGUCUCCCAGUGCUUUGACGUUUCAGUCACUGUGUAGGUCUGUGGUGCAGAAAGGUAAUUGAAAGUACAGAAUCAUCUGGUUGGAGGCAGUUCUCUGCAAAAAGGACAAACACACCAGCUGACUGUAAAGCAGUUCUUAACCUGUGCUUGCUACAGAAUGGCUGCACCAGUGUGCUGCUGCUGAGUGAGGAUCCUGCAUCACCCCUCAUGUCUCUGACUACACAUAGUCCAACAGCACCAGUAGCCCUGGUGAAGCCCUGGUCUCUGUAUGAGCCGUCUACAGGCCAAAGCAGUCAGUGAACGGCUCAAUGUCCAACAGUAAGAAAGGAUGCAGGCCUUAGCUGGCCUCUGCACGUCCCUCGGACAGUAACCAGUGUUUUCAUGGUGCCAGCUGUGUGCUGAGCUCGCUGUUCAUUUUAGGGUAACAGAAACUAAGCCAAAAAAAUCAUUAUCAGUCAUAGCCUGGACAAAGAACAGUCGCUGGGUCACGUGCCAUGUCUACUUUUUCCUGGAGAGGCCAGCGGUCUGUCCAAAGCAGGUUUUAAGGUUAUCGAGGUAGCUUCAGGGUUAAACCUGGGAUUUUAGCUGUAUGAAUGAAAUGAAAAAUACUUUAUUUAU